UUCUAGACUUGCCUACAGCUCCUUGCCAAAGCAGCCUACAAAAGGCGGUCCCGCCUCCUGGUCAGGUGACUUCAUUGCCUAGCAACAGGACGCCUUGGCUCAGCAGCCACAGACUUGACUGUCCUGGACAAGUUUCCUGCGGGAGGCCAAAUGUCUGAAGAAAAACCCCAAGAGCGCGUCGAGCCGGGAGAUCCCAAGGCUAAGCCCGCCUCAGAGAAGACGAGCGACUACUACCGCAUUAGCGAGAAGCUCCCAGUUCGGUUCAACAAUCCGGGGUGGUUUCAUGGCUACAGGACCAAUGAAGCUGUUUCCAUGUACAGGACCAGUAACCAAACCUAUGGGGGCAGAGCUCCCACAGUGCAUGAGAUGCCGAAAGUAUAUUAUCCAUCUUCAAAUAAGUUUUCCAGACAACAUGCAGCUUUUGGAAUGUUCCGGAGUCAUAAUAUUAAUGUCAGCCUGGAGAAGAGCCUAGUGACAGGCCCCGACAAUCAUGUCACCCACUAUGAUCGCUUUAACUUUCACCCCAGUUACAAUGUCAACAGGCCAUCCAUCUGUGACUAAGGGAGCUGGAUGCCUGUCCUCGGGCUCUCCUGACUCAGGGCUGCUUUAGGGAGCACGGAUGUCCCUGCUCCUUGACACGUGCCCUAUUCUAAAGGCUCGGAUCUCACUGCCGUCUCAGAAAACACUUCUCCUUUCCGGAGGAGAAAAAUAUGCAAAUAGGGCCAUAAUGUCUUGUGUUCUGCAUUUCACACAGGAAAG